UGAAGUUACGCAGACACCAGCAGAAGUAUGCUGCUGUUGUGGGUCUUGAAAUUCAUGCACAGAUCAGUUCCAACUCAAAACUUUUCUCUGGUUCCCAAGUCCAGUUUGCAGCACCUCCUAACUCUUUGGUAUCUUUCUUUGAUGCUUCUUUACCAGGAACUUUACCAGUUCUCAACAGGAGAUGUGUAGAAGCAGCAGUGAUGACGGCCCUGGCACUCAACUGCAGCAUAAACAAGAAGUCCUUGUUUGACAGAAAACACUAUUUCUAUGCAGAUCUGCCUGCUGGCUAUCAAAUUACUCAGCAAAGAGUUCCUAUUGCGGUGAAUGGAAGUCUGUCAUACAGUCUCUGCAUAGACAACAAAAUGAGCCAGAUGGUGACCAAAACUGUGAGGAUUAAACAAAUUCAGCUGGAGCAAGACAGUGGAAAGAGUCUCCAUGAUGACACAAGGAGCCAGACUCUCGUUGACUUGAAUAGGGCUGGAGUCGGCCUCAUGGAGGUUGUCAUGGAGCCUGAUAUGUGCUGUGGGGAAGAAGCAGCUGCAGCAGUCAGAGAGCUUCAGCUCAUUCUUCAAACACUUGGGAGCAGCCAGGCAGUCAUGGCAGAGGGUCAGCUGCGAGUGGAUGCCAAUGUUUCUGUGCAUCACCCUGGAGAGCCUUACGGAGCGAGGACUGAAGUGAAGAAUAUCAAUAGCAUACGAUUCCUGGCAAGAGCAGUAGACUAUGAAAUACAGAGACAAAUUGAAGAACUUGAAAACGGAGGAACAAUUCUGAAUGAAACAAGAGCCUUUGAUUCCAAGCUUGGGUGCACUGUACCCAUGAGAGACAAAGAAGGAAAACAGGAUUAUCGGUUCAUGCCAGAGCCAAACCUUCCUCCAUUGAUUCUCUACGAUGCUAAAUCUUUGCCAGCUAAUAUGAACCAUCAGCAAGUGGUAAAUAUUGAUUGGAUUCAUGGGAGACUUCCUGACCUCCCCAGUGUGAAGAGAACAAAGCUUGUUGAACAGUAUGGGAUUCUUCCUGAACACAGCUUCACCUUAUUGAAUGAAGACGGAUUAACAGAAUUCUUUGAAAACGUGGUAAAACAGACGCAGAUGAAGCCAAAGAAAGUGAUCGGCUGGAUUCUAAAAGACCUGCUCAGUUACUUGAAACAACAUUCCCUUACAGUAAAGGAAAGCCCAGUCAGUUCUUUGAUCCUGGCCGACCUUCUGAACCUUCUAGAAAAAAAAGAAAUUUCUUCUACAGCAGCAAAGCAGGUGCUUGCGGAAUUGUGGAAGGGGGAAGGGAAGACUCCUCUUGAAAUUGUUAAGGAAAAGAAGCUUGAACUGAUACAGGAUCAAAAAGAGCUCGAACAGAUCUGCCAGACGGUGAUUGAUGGACAAGAAAAUGAGGUUAUGGCCAUAAAGGCAGGAAAUCAAAAAGUUCUAAAUAAGUUAAUUGGCCUGGUACAAAGAGAAACACAAGGACGCUCCAAUCCUGUUAUGGUGAAGCAAUUAUUAGAAAAGAAGCUGUCAGAGUAG